AUACAGGUAUGUAGAGAACUGAGUUCAACACUCUCUUUUUACCUGUAGGUCCUCCAAGCAAUGCGGACCAUGUUAUUCGACACUGUCUAUAUUCGACUACUCCUUGUGACCCUUCUAUACACAGUAACUUUACUCUCUCGUGACUGUGCUUCACACGCACUGGAAAAAAGACAAGUUUUUCAAAGACGGCCACGUCCAGCAUUUGGACUACCAGGAAGGCAUAGAAGUAGUCCUGACAAGGUACAAGUAACAACAACAACAGAAAGUCCUAGUUACUAUGACUAUGAUGACUAUUAUGAUUACUAUCAAGACUAUCUCUUAACAACCACUACAACUACUACAACUCAGCGCCCAGUUCCUCGGAGAAGACGACCGUUACUCCAAGGGCGUGAAAGAUUUCGUCGACCCAGGUUUAGAAGUAGACCUGUUAAUGCCGGCAAUAUUCGUCCAGAAUCACCUCGAAAUGUCCCUCAACAAAUUUUAGAGGAGACUGAAACACCAACCACAUCCACCACCACACUUCCGCCGACCACAACUAAACCCCGACGCUACUAUCCACCUCGUGAUGAUGGAAGAUACAUUGACUAUUUGUCGGACCCAAACCGCCCUCGAGAACUGAACGGUGUGGACCUAACCUCUUAUCCAUUUUACAUUGCCUUGCCCGAAGAUAUCGCCUUUAAAUGUGAUGGUCGUCAUGAUGGAUAUUACUCUAACGUUCUUCACAAAUGUCAGUUGUUUCACUGGUGUUUCGGAGGUCAACGAUACGACUUCUUGUGUCCGAACUACACGUUGUAUGAUCAGACAACUUUUACCUGCAGGUUCGUGAACACGGUGGACUGCCAAAACUCAGAGAUGCACUACAACAGAAACGAGGAACUAUUUUUAGAAACUACCACCCUGUCCAGGGAAGAGCAGCGGGAAGAGAAACGGAAGAAAAAACGGAAGAGCAAGAAUAGAAGAAACAGGAACAAAAAUAGAAGCAAGAAGCUUGAAGAAGAAGAGGAGGAUGACUAUGAAGAUGACGAUUAUGAUGAAGAAGACGAUUAUUAUGAAGAAGACGAUUAUUAUGAAGACGAGAAGAAAAAGUGAGGACAAUGGUUGAUGUGAGCCGAGUUUCGAUAAAAACUGUUUCUCUUAUGUUUGAUUUUUGUUGCUAGGAUGAUUUAAUUUUGAUAUAUAACAUUUAUAUUUUCUCAAACAAGGGUUUCAGAAUAUAGAAUUGUGUAUAUAAAGCUAUUUCGAAAGUUUUCUGAAAAUGGUAUUUGAUUAAGAGAACGAAUUUCAGAAGUUUAAUUCCAGUAUCACUUACUGUAGAGUGAGAGUGAUGGAUGGUUCUUUUUUAGACAUGCAAUACUGCUUAUAGAAUUACAUGUACGUGUUUGUUAUCCAAACACAUAUUGAGACGUAGAUAAAUCAGAAUACGUUUACAAAAGUCCGUUAAAAUUCUACUCGUCUGCGAAUGCUAAAUAAAAGUUUAUUAUGAAAUUAA